AUGGCUCGCAACAGCCGAUCCACCGCUUUCGUCCUGGGAGGUUGCGCGGCCUCUGCCGCAGUGGCCGGGCUCGCGUCGCAGAGCUUCGCCGUGGCCGGGAACGGUCCCCAGACACAGGAGCCCGUGCGCAUGACUUCCCUGCGCGGCCGCGCUGCCGAGACGAGCUCCUCCAAAGAGAUGCCUUUGGGCGCCCUCGCGCUGGCCACUGCCGGAGUCGCAGGCAUCUAUGGCGCCAACAGCCGAAACUCUAAGAAGUCCAGGGCGCAGGCCGUUGUCCGCCACGCGAAGGACCACAUCAACAUCGGGACCAUCGGCCACGUCGACCACGGCAAGACCACGCUCUCGGCAGCGAUCUCCCUGGUCUGCGGCCAGUUUAGCACCUCCGACGACACCACCAAGAAGUCGUACGAGGAGAUCGACAACGCCCCCGAGGAGCGUGCGCGCGGUAUCACCAUCAACGCCUCGCACAUCGAGUACGAGACAGAGACCAGGCACUACUGCCACGUGGACUGCCCUGGCCACGCAGAUUACGUCAAGAACAUGAUUACAGGAGCUUGCCAGAUGGAUGGCGGCAUCCUCGUCAUUUCAUCCCCGGAUGGCCCCAUGGCACAGACACGUGAGCACAUCCUCCUGUCCAAGCAGGUCGGCGUGCCAGCCUUGGUCUGCUUUAUGAACAAGGUGGAUAUGAUGGACGACGAGGAGCUCCUGGAGUUGGUGGAGCUGGAGACCCGCGAGAUGUUGAGCCAGUACGGCUUCCCAGGAGAUGACACGCCCUUCAUCCAAGGAUCCGCUUUGCAAGCCCUCGAGCAGAUGAAGAAGGACCCUGGCACGAAGAAGGGUGACGACAAGUGGGUCGACAAGAUCCUUGAGCUCAUGGAGACCGUGGACGAGUACAUCCCCACCCCGGAGCGCGAGACGGACAAGCCCUUCCUGCUGGCCGUCGAGGACGUGUUCUCCAUCUCGGGCCGAGGCACUGUGUGCACGGGCCGCGUCGAGCAGGGCAUCGUCAAGAAGGGCGAUGAGGUCGAGAUCCUGGGCCGCGGCAAGAAGCCCCAGAAGUCCGUCAUCACCGGAAUCCGCAUGUUCAACACCGACCUCCCUGAGGGCCCGGCAGGCUACACGGUCGGCGUCCUGUGCCGUGGUAUCGACAAGGAUGCUGUGUUCCGUGGCCAGGUGAUCUGCGCCCCAGGCGCCACCAAGACCCACACCAAGUUCAAGGCCAACAUCUACUUCGCCAAGAAGGACGAGGGCGGCCGAUCCAACCCGGUGAUGCCCGGCUACAUGCCCGUGUUCUACUUCCGAACCUGCGAUGUGACGGGCAAGAUCGAGGGCAUGGUGAGCUCUGAUGGCAACGAGGUGCAGAUGGCCAUGCCUGGUGACAACAUCACCUGCACCUGCGAGCUGAUCGCCGGCACGCCCAUCGAGAAGGGCAUGCGCUUCGCCAUGCGAGAGGGUGGGCGAACGAUCGGCCAGGGGCUGAUCGAAGUCGGCCUUGCGUCUCAGAGCUUCGCCGUGGCUGGCUCUGGAACUCCCGUGCAGGAGCAGGUCCGCCCCACUUCGCUUCGAGGCAAAGUUUCCGAGGCUCCGUCCUCCUCCAAUUUGCCCCUUGGUGCGCUGGCACUGGCAACUGCUGGGGCGGUUGGCUUCCAGGGUGCUCGUCGUUCGAAGAAGGCUGCUCGAGCACAGGCUAUCGUCCGCCAUGCUAAGGACCACAUCAACAUCGGCACCAUCGGCCACGUCGACCAUGGCAAGACCACCCUCUCUGCGGCCAUCUCCCUCGUCUGCGGCCAGUUCAGCACCUCCGACGACACGACCAAGAAGUCCUAUGAGGAGAUCGACAAUGCUCCGGAGGAGCGUGCCCGCGGUAUCACCAUCAAUGCCUCGCACAUCGAGUAUGAGACCGAGACCAGGCACUACUGCCACGUUGACUGCCCGGGCCACGCAGAUUACGUCAAGAACAUGAUCACAGGAGCUUGCCAGAUGGACGGCGGCAUCCUGGUCAUCUCCUCUCCGGAUGGCCCAAUGGCCCAGACACGUGAGCACAUCCUCCUUUCCAAGCAGGUGGGAGUUCCAGCCCUCGUCUGCUUCAUGAACAAGGUGGACAUGAUGGACGACGAGGAGCUCCUCGAGUUGGUGGAGCUGGAGACGCGCGAGAUGCUGAGCCAGUACGGCUUCCCUGGCGAUGACACGCCCUUCAUCCAAGGAAGUGCGCUGCAAGCUCUCGAGCAGAUGAAGAAGGAUCCCAGCACCAAGAAGGGUGAUGACAAGUGGGUGGACAAGAUCCUUGAGCUCAUGGAGACCGUGGACGAGUACAUCCCCACCCCGGAGCGCGAGACGGACAAGCCCUUCCUGCUGGCCGUCGAGGACGUGUUCUCCAUCUCGGGCCGAGGCACGGUGUGCACGGGCCGCGUCGAGCAGGGCAUCGUCAAGAAGGGCGAUGAGGUCGAGAUCCUGGGCCGCGGCAAGAAGCCCCAGAAGUCCGUCAUCACCGGAAUCCGCAUGUUCAACACCGACCUCCCUGAGGGCCCGGCAGGCUACACGGUCGGCGUGCUGUGCCGUGGUAUCGACAAGGAUGCUGUGUUCCGUGGCCAGGUGAUCUGCGCCCCAGGUGCCACCAAGACCCACACCAAGUUCAAGGCCAACAUCUACUUCGCCAAGAAGGACGAGGGCGGCCGAUCCAACCCGGUGAUGCCCGGCUACAUGCCCGUGUUCUACUUCCGAACCUGCGACGUGACCGGCAAGAUCGAGGGCAUGGUGAGCUCUGACGGCAACGAGGUGCAGAUGGCCAUGCCUGGUGACAACAUCACCUGCACCUGUGAGCUGAUCGCCGGCACGCCCAUCGAGAAGGGCAUGCGCUUCGCCAUGCGAGAGGCCCGGUCGUGCUUGCAGGGGCAGUCCAUGCCUACGGAGGAUCCUGCUGCCAACCUGAGAAACUUAGAGAAGUCCUUGUGGCUGGCCUUCAACAGGGCAAAUGAAGCCUCAAGAAAGCAGGAUCAGGUGGAGCAGGUGUUCCAGGCCACGAAGAAGAAGAAGGGAGGCGACUCGGCAACCGCGCCCAGCCGGAUCAAGAAGGACCUGCAGGCGGCUAUCAACCAGGUGAAAAGAUUCGACGAGGCCAAUGAGCAAGAUCGAAUCCUCUUCAUUGGCAGCACGUCCAGGCCCUUCGCCGAGGGUGUCGAUGUCGCAGGGCUCAAAGACUCCUUCGAUGAGAAGGUCUGGGUUAGCUUCCCGGAGUAUGGCAGCCGUGUGGUCCUCUGGCAACAGUUCAUGGAGGAGCACGGCGUCACGGUGGAUCCGGCCAAGCUGAACAUCUCCACAUUAGCGAGAGUCAGCGAGGGCUAUCCAGCAGGCUCCAUCAAGCAAACGGUCGACCGUGUGCUGACGGCGCGACGGGUGCAGCAGCUGAAGAACCGGCCGCUCAAGGUUCAAGAGUUCAUUGGCCCUCUGUCUCGGACGGCUUUCUGCUGGAAGGAAGAGCUCGAUCAGCUCCGUGAGUUCGACCACCUGAUAACUGGGGAGAAGGCUCGGGAAGAGGCGAAGAACGCCCCUCCCGAGGCCGCAAAUCCGAAGAAGGGCGGCAAGAAGGGAAAGGGGAAGUGA